UUGAUUUGAUUCUCGAGGCGCUAUUUCCAUUUCAAAUCUCUUAACUCCUUCUCAACGGCUACUCAAAGCCCUAGCCAUGAGCAAAGCUCUGAAGCUCGGGCGCAAGAGCUCCGACGAAACCCUAAUCACCAACCCAUCCACCAAGAAGAAGAACAACCCAAACGCCAGGAAUCCAUUGAAGGACCUCAAUGUCGUCUCAUCCUCCGCCGUUGCCCCUAAAUCCCGUUGCUUCAGCUUCAUCCACCGCCCCAAAUCCCCUGCUUCCACCCCUCCUAAUCCUAAGAGUCAUUCGUCGAAAGCCCCUGUGAGUUCCUCAAAAUUGCAGGGAAAAUCAGAGAGAAAUGCGUUGAAAUCGAACCGUAAUGGUCCCCGUCGAGCCAAUUCGAAGAAUUCUAAUGUUGGUUUGAAGAAAGAUGUCAUCUUGGAGAGUGCCCCUGCUGCUGCUACUACUCCUCCUCUGGAGAAAACUCUUCUCGGGACUCCGACGAGCAAUGUUACACCACCAGUGUUGGUUUCCAUCUCGCCGGAGAUCAUCGGAGCGUCAGUGGUUACUCCGGCACCUGUUUGUUUCGGUGCUGGUCAUGUGAUGACGGGAGUGACUGAUCGGAGGAAAUGUAGGCCUAGAGGCAUACUCACCAUUGGCGAAGAUAGGGUUAGCGAUGGGUCUCGUGUUUCUUCAGCUGCACCACCGCUAGCUGAGGCUUCAAUGCACUGGUUGUCAUCUCCGUCCAAGAAUGAAGGGAGUUCCUGUUCUACUGUCCAGUUGGCACGUUGCAAUGGUGAAGCUUCAGUGAAUUGGUUGAUUUCCCCCAUGGAUGAUGGAAAAAUAAGUGCUUGUAAUAAUGGCUCAUUAAUCUCAAAAGCUCCAGUUUUGAACAUGGGCAUUGGUUAUGAUCAAGAGAAUUGGAGUUUUUCUCCUAUUGGUUGUAAUAAUGCAGCAUCACCUGAGAUUGGAGGAUCUAUGAGUAUUAAAUCUUCGAUUUCUGAGAGGACACCAUUAUCUGGUUAUGAUGUUUGGAGAACUUCCACAAGUGAGAGUAAUAUUAGUCCUUUCUCAAUGAUUUUAAGGAGGGCAGAAGAAAUGUCAACAUGCAAAGUUUUCAGGCCUUAUCAAGAGAGAGUUGGUAACCGCUAUGGUUCGGCAAUGCAUAAUUCACCCUUCUCUGAUGGUUCUUUAGGGAGUGGCAAUGUCAUUUUGACACCAUCUUCAUGUUCAAGCUCUGGAAAGCAAGCGGCAAAGUGCCCCUUUGAGACUAAUUCAUUUGCCGAAGUUCUUGGAAACAUCAGGCUGCCCCCUCAGCAGGUAGCAGUGAACAACGAUGUAAACAGUCAAUUGCCAUUGCCUGAAAUUAGCUUUCAGUUUCGCUGCCCAGCCACUCCAUCAAACUCUGUUGACUUGAGUCAAUUUCUAAAGCCUUCAUGCAGUAAGGGACUCCCAACAGAAGAGUCUUGUUUGGUUAAGAAGGAGUUGUCCUGCGCUGAUUUGAGGAUAUCUUGGAGAGAAGGACUCAUCAGUAGAAUCUUUGAAGCAGAUGACAUGGAUUGUUUUCAUUGGCUUUCAGACGAUGAAGAAGAUAAUGCCUCUUGUAAUGGAGUAGACAUGGUUGAACAUAAGCUUCAUCCUAAGUCUGGCUCAGAUGGUAAAGCCCCUUCACUGGGAGACAAAAAUGACCUGCAAAGAACAGAUGCUUUUGGAUCUAUAGAACUCCCUUAUGACAAAUUAAGCCUACAAAAAGGUGAAGCUGACGUUACUACUAGAAUACUUUCCUGUGCAGAGUCCAUUAGCACAGAUGGAGGUGGACUGAUAUCUUCGGGUGAUUCUGAUUGGACCCUCUUUUAUAAAAACCAUUUAUUUGAAGUAUGAGUUGUUUGUUAUCUGUAGGCUUUGUAUACUCUGUAGAUGUGGCCACUUAGUUUGAUUGAGCUUUUAGAUAGUUCGAUCAAUUCAAUUGGUAGCAUUAGACAGAUUUGUAACUUUCUAACAGAUGUAUGUUAGCUUCUCCCUGUAUCGAUGGUUCCGAUGUCAUUUCAUUAUUAGUCCCACAUAAGUUUAAUUGGUAAAUCUGCGCAUGAGUAUAUGUCUGGGUCUCUCAUUCUAUUGGCUUAAGCAGCUUUAGAUGGUCUGUUUCUUUAUUCAUUC